UUGGCUAUGUUCCAGUAAAACUUUAUUUAUAAAAACAGAUGAUGGGCCAGAAUUUGACCAUAGCCCAUAGUUUGCCAAUCUCUGGGUUGAAAGAGUGUGAAAGACAUACUAUCACGAGGCAAAGAAUGACUCAAUAUGAUGCACUGAGAGAGAAUUUUAAAAAGAAUUCCUUUUUCAGUUGAAAGUCCAACAGGCUUUAAUACAUUCAGUGUUCCAUGUCACCCAUUUUGAAAACCCUGGGUUGAAUUUCUACCCUCAGAAUCUGUGAUAAACCUCUUCCCUUUAUCUUUUGCUCCUUUAAUACAGUCUAGGAUUUCUUAUUUGUGUAAAGCCUCCGCACAUUUUUAAGUUGUCUUUCUGAUUCAUUGGGAUGUCAAUGGGAAAGUUUCUAAUUUCUGUCAGACCAGUGGGUCUUAACCCUGGCUUCACGUUGGAAUUAUCUGGCCAAAGCAAGAAGUCAUCAAGGUUUUGAUGUGGAUCAGGAUGCCAAAAUGCUGAACGAAGCCUGCAAAGGAAUGGGAACUGAUGAAGCAGCCAUCAUUGAAAUCUUAUCAAGCAGGACAUCGGAUGAGAGGCAACAAAUAAAGCAAAAGUACAAGGCAACGUAUGGCAAGGACCUGGAGGAGGUGUUCAAGAGCGAACUGAGUGGAAGCUUUGAGAAGACAGCCUUGGCCCUCCUGGACCGCCCCAGUGAGUACGAUGCCCGCCAGCUGCAAAAGGCCAUGAAGGGUCUGGGCACAGAUGAGGCAGUGAUCAUCGAGGUCCUGUGCACAAGAACCAAUAAGGAGAUCAUGGCCAUUAAAGAAGCCUACCAAAGGUUGUUUGACAGGAGCCUUGAAUCAGAUGUCAAAGCUGAUACAAGUGGAACCCUAAAGAAAAUUCUGGUGUCCCUGCUACAGGCUAAUCGUGAUGAAGGAGAUGAGGUGGACAGAGAUCUAGCUGGUCGGGAUGCCAAGGAUCUGUAUGAUGCAGGGGAGGACCGCUGGGGCACUGAUGAGCUUGCCUUCAAUGAAGUCUUGGCCAAGAGGAGCCACAAGCAAUUACGGGCCACCUUUCAAGCCUACCAGAUUCUCAUCAACAAAGACAUUGAAGAGGCCAUUGAAGCAGAAACGUCGGGAGAUGUGCAGAAGGCCUACUUAACUCUUGUGAGGUGUGCCCGAGACCAGGAGGGCUAUUUUGCUGACCGUCUAUACAAGUCCAUGAAGGGUGCAGGCACCGAUGAGGAGACACUAAUUCACAUCAUCGUGACCAGGGCUGAGGUGGACCUUCAGGGGAUAAAGGCAAAGUUCCAAGAGAAGUAUCAGAAGUCUCUGUCUGACAUGGUUUGCUCAGACACGUCUGGGGACUUCCAGAAACUGCUGGUGGCCCUCUUGCACUGAAGCAAGCCAGAGCAGUGGAAGGACAGGGAGGAGCCACCUUUGUCAAGAGCCCAUUUCAAACCAGAUUUGCAAAUGUGACUCCAGCACGAAAAGCACUGAAGAGUUCUGGCUGAUUUUCUUGCCAGCUUGAAUACUGUAGCCAGGCCAAGCUGUUUAGGUGAAGGGCAGCAGCCUCAAGACACUUGUGCAGGUCACCCUGAAUGCUGGCUUAGCAAGUAUCUGAGCUGCCUUUCAGCUUUCCUUUAGCGUGGCAACCUGAACGCUUUCUGAGCACAAAUGAAAUUCGCAGUUGAUGCAAACGCUAUACUUGUAAUAAAACAUUCAGAAGAGUAUGUAUCAAAUAGAGGCGGGUAAAGACUGAGUGGUUAAGGUACAGGGAAGACAAAAUUAACCAAUUCAUCAGUGUUCCUUCUGUGCGUUCAAUCUCAAAUGCUCAAUGUUAAUUAAAGUGGAUUAUGCCCCCAUCA